AUGAUUCCUGUUUUACGUUCGAUUGAUAGUCUUCUUAAUCGUUUUGAUGAGUUAUCACAACGUCAUACGACUUUGGUAUCUAAUUUUGAUAAAAAUUUUACUAAUAUUGAAAAUCCAUUACGAGAUGUUACACGUAACGAAGAAGAACGAAAGAAAACAACUGAAAGUAUACUUAAAUCAACGAUGAAAAUAGAUGAUCAAAUCAAAUCAUAUGAAAAUUUAACACAAUUUAAUCGACAUAUAAUAAAAAGUCGAUGUCAUAAUCGACCACCAAGUUAUUCUUCAUACGAGAGUCCUUCAUUUAUUCUUCGUACUCCAUCGAGAGGUUCUUUAGAAUCAAUUUUAUCACCAUCUACAGAAAAAUUACCAUCAAUACAGACAACAACCAGAGCAAAUACGUCUCAAUCAGUUGCAACAACUCCAACUAAUAAUCAUAUUAAAAAAAACAUUCAAUUAACAACGAAGAUAAAACCAAAAGUUCCACCUGCUACACAAUGGCAUACACGUACUCCAAUAACAAUGUUUUCUAUGGAAACUGCUAAUCGACUUUCAAAACCUAGGAAAUAUUAUCAAACAACUAAUCCAAUAACACUAUCAAAACAUGUUUAUCGACGAUCAAUCCCAAAAUCACCUGAAAUAAAACGAACAAAUCCAAUAACAAUAAAAUUAAUUUCGAAAAAGCUUAAACCAGAGUAUAACUGUUCAAUAGAUAAAUCAAAAAACAUUUCUAUCAACAAUGAAUCUCGACCAGUUCGUUCUCUAACAUCACCAAAAACAAUACGUUUAGCUUUUCCUGUAAAAUUAGAAUUAAAUCCAUCUCCGAUUGUUGUUACACCAAAAGCAACAUCAACACAGAAAACACUUAAUAUUUUUACUAAUAGAAAAUCACUAAUUUCUUCCAAUCGAAUGAAAUAUUUAAUGACAUAA